UUAUUUGUCUGAAUAAUUAUAUUAAUUAGUGUGCAUUCGAAAAAAUUUUUCGAUCGUAAAGCACGAACGAGUCGUGCAAUACUCUAACUAGAGCAUUUCCGAUUACACCUUUUAUCAAUUUUGAUAAAGUAUUUAUUAUUAAAAAUUUAUUUUUAUUAUUUUAAAAAAUAUUUGAUUAUAACCUCAAAUAAUUUUCGUGUAAUUAAACUUGAAAAUUUAUAAAAUAAUGGACGAAGAUAAUUUUGAUAUUUUUGAACUAAAAAAAAAUUUUUUAACUUGUACGCCUUUGGAAAAAAUAAAAUUCCCAAAAAAAUUAACCGCGGAAAGGCAAAAAGUUAUUUUAGAUGAAAUAAUAACCGAUUGUUUGGUGCAAAAGUACCCAGUGAAAAAUAAUUACCGCAGAAAUUUCCUGCGGCUGGUGAUCGAGCGACUGGAGAACGACAACGAAGAAAUUAAUGACGAAUUGUAUGAAUUUUUCUGCAGUUAUUUGUCCGCCGCGGACUCUCCCAUGCACUAUCGUCAUUUCCUGAUAAAUUCAAACCAGCGCGUAAUCAUCAAAGAAAGCAAGUCAAUUAUUUCUGAUGGGACUACUGGGCUGUGCAGUUGGCAGGCAGCAGAAGUUUUGGCAGAAUGGUGUCUAGCAAACAAGACCGAACUGACCGGAAAAUCUCUAGUAGAAUUGGGAUCCGGGGUCGGAUUGACAGGACUGACGAUUUUGAAAACCUGCAGACCUAGAAGUUAUACAUUCACUGACUGCCACCCGCGAGUUUUGAAUUUACUUGAAGAAAAUAUAAAACUCAAUACUGAUAUCAAUCAUGAAGACCCCGAAAAUCUGGACGCUGAUGUCCAGGUCGUAGACCUGGCCUGGGAGUCAAUCGACCAACACAAAGAAGCCAAUUGGAUGUCACCAGAUUUAAUUCUCGCCGCAGAUGUUGUGUAUGACUCCAGUUUAUUUCCCUCGCUAAUUAACGCAAUUGACGUCUUAUUAAACCAAGAAAAUAGUUACGCAAUUAUCGGCAUUACUGUGCGGAAUGAAGAUACGCUCGGCACUUUCCUGACACAAUUAGACAAACAUAAACUGAUGCACGAUGAACUGGCAGUCCCGACUUACAAAAUGUUCAGCCCACCAUGCACGCCAGUCAAAGUCAUCAAAAUUACUAGAUAGUUUUUUUUAAAUAUUUUAUUUUGUGAACUAAAAAUUUACAUAAUAAUUAUAUAAAAAAAAAAAAAACGAGUGCAUUUUUAUAAGAAAUAUAAUAAUAAUAAAAUGUAAGUUUAUCUGAAUAGUGUAAGUAAGAGAGGAGAUUAUUUAAAACCAUUUUCGUUUAUUUUGGCGUUUAACUUUAACUUCAGUCUCGUCCACAUCCUUAUCAGCAUCUUUCUUGUGACCUUUUUUUAAUAAAUUUUUUUCUUUAAUAUGUAA